GGUCUCUGUAGGAUCACACAGCAAACUGGCCGAAGACGGCGGUGCUUUCUCUGCCGGGCCCCUCGCUGCAGGCGGACGGGGGGGAAGGUUCAUCGGGUCAGGAACUGCUGGGUUCGUUGAGGCCGGUUCUUCAUGUGGACGGAUCGGCCAGUCCUCCGGAGAUGCCCAGAGACUCGGGCAUUUAUGACUCAUCUGUGCCAUCUUCAGAGCUUUCCAUACCGUUGAUGGAGGGUCUGUCGCCGGACCACGCCGACAGCUGCUCACUGGCCGACAGCGUGUCUUCGUCCUCAGGACUCGGGGAUGAGGAGCCUCCUUCUGUUCAUUGUGCAGGAGCCACGAUAUGCAAAGCAGAACUUCAUCACCACAUCCAGAGUGAAGGACUCACAGCCUCCCCCUAGUGGCCUUUAUCUGAACUUGCAUUGCCACUUUAAUAAGAACACUUGCCACCGAUUCUCAUCCCAUCCCUGAAAGACGGACAGCUCUCUUGAACGUUCAUCAGGGAAUGUCUUCAGCAGACUGGGUCUGAAGGGGUUGAACGGGACGUUGUGUACUUUCUGUUCAUAGUGUGAGCAACACAACUGUGUAUGGGACCUUAAAACAAACAUUGUGAUUAUAAUCACCACAUCAUCAGACGGACUGAUCGUAUUCACGUUUGGUUUGCAGAACCUGUGCUCGUGAUGAAUGUGAGAGUCGUUUUAAAAUGUAAUUCACUUUUAUUUAUUGUAUUAACUGGCUUCAGUUGUGAGCGAUAAGAUGAAAUGCAAUGGAGCGUCGGUGCGGCCGGACGUGUAGAUUAGCUGUUUUAAGGUCAAACUCAAUUUGGUUUCAUCUUGAAAGAUUGUACAACAGCACACAGAAUUAACAGAACGUUUGUUUAUGACCGAAACUGAAACAUGUUGUUUUGAUCAUUUGUUGUCAAUCUGUUGUGUACUUUGUUUUAUCCGGGUUUUGUACGUUGUUUAUUUUUCUAGAACAUUAGAAGUGAUUUCUACAUGACAUAACUUUGUACUGUUUUAUAGUACUCUAAUGUAGGACAUACUAAAGGUAAUAAAACCAUGAUUUAUACAUGCUUGUUUUGAGUUAUUACUGAAUGCUUCCAUCGUCUCAGAAUCAGAAUGUGCAUCAUACAACCAAAACUCUCAUUGAAUACUGUAUCCCACAAUGCAAUGCGCUUGACUUUACCUCCCUUAACACAUUGAUGUGAUGACAGUGUAGCAU